GCGUUGUUAAAGCAGAUACUGGCGCAUGAGGCCGCCCUCGCACAGCUUGACGGAGCCAACAAGACGGCAAUCCGCACGACGCCAUCAGUUACAGCCGCGGUGUCGGAAACGGUCGAUUGGAUUAUGAAGCUCAGUGGCAAUCGCAAACUCCGCGGCAGCUUGCCCUUCUUCUUUGUCGAAAGCGAAGUAGGCAAGCAUGUCGCGAAUCAGCUGCUGGAGUGGGUGUCGGCAGUCGAAGACCCCGCAGCAGUUGCGUCAGGGGCCGCUCCUUCCGACCUCCCGCUGGAGGCCGCCAAGCUUCGCGAG